GGGCAGGCUCCGGACGCGCGCCAGCGGACGGCUCUCCGAACGCGCGAGGUCGACGCGCGCUACCCGCGGGCCUUGAGCGCGCGCCUGGUCUCUCCUGUCCUGCGGGCGCGCGACAUCGCCAGGCCAGGAUGGCCCCUGAGACCCCAGCCCAGGGGCCGACCCCGCGCUACUUCACCUGGGACGAAGUGGCACAGCGCUCCGGGCGCGACAAGGAGCGGUGGCUGGUGAUUGAGAGGAAGGUGUACAACAUCAGCGAGUUCACCCGCCGGCACCCCGGGGGCUCCCGGGUUAUCAGCCAUUACGCCGGGCAGGAUGCUACGGAUCCCUUUGUGGCAUUUCACAUCAACAAGGGCCUUGUGAGGAAGUACAUGAACUCUCUCUUGAUUGGAGAACUGUCUCCGGAACAGCCCAGCUUUGAGCCCACUAAGAAUAAAGAGCUGACCGAUGAGUUCCGGGAGCUGCGGGCCACAGUGGAACAGAUGGGGCUCAUGAAGGCCAACCAUGUCUUCUUCCUGCUGUACCUGCUACACAUCCUGCUACUGGAUGCUGCUGCCUGGCUCACACUAUGGGUCUUUGGGACAUCCUUUGUGCCCUUCCUCCUUUGUGCACUGCUGCUCAGCGCAGCUCAGGCCCAGGCUGGCUGGCUGCAGCAUGACUUUGGGCACCUGUCUGUCUUCAGCACCUCUACGUGGAACCACCUGCUACAUCAUUUUGUGAUUGGCCACCUGAAGGGGGCCCCUGCCAGUUGGUGGAACCACAUGCACUUCCAGCACCAUGCCAAGCCUAACUGCUUCCGCAAAGACCCAGACAUCAACAUGCACCCCUUCUUUUUUGCCUUGGGGAAGAUCCUCUCUGUGGAGCUUGGGAAACAGAAGAAAAGGUACAUGCCGUACAACCACCAGCACAAAUACUUCUUCUUGAUUGGGCCCCCAGCCUUGCUGCCUCUCUACUUCCAGUGGUAUAUUUUCUAUUUUGUUAUCCAGCGGAAGAAGUGGGUGGACUUGGCCUGGAUGAUCACCUUCUACAUCCGCAUCUCCCUCACUUAUGUGCCGUUGUUGGGAGUGAAGGGCCUCCUGGGCCUUUUCUUCAUGGUCAGGUUUCUGGAAAGCAACUGGUUUGUGUGGGUGACACAGAUGAACCACAUCCCCAUGCACAUUGAUUACGACCGGAACAGGGACUGGGUCUCCACCCAGCUCCAGGCAACAUGCAAUGUCCACAAGUCCCCCUUCAAUGAUUGGUUCAGUGGACAUCUCAACUUCCAGAUUGAACACCAUCUUUUCCCCACGAUGCCUCGACACAAUUACCACAAAGUGGCUCCCCUGGUGCAGUCGCUGUGUGCCAAGCAUGGUAUAGAGUACCAGUCCAAGCCCCUUCUCUCAGCCUUCGCAGACAUUGUUCACUCACUGAAGGAGUCAGGGCAACUCUGGCUAGAUGCCUAUCUUCAUCAAUAACAACAGCCCCCCAUCUGGAAGAGGAGCCUCUGGAGCCAAAGCAGAAGGGAACUUGAGGGACAAUGCCACUACAAUUCUAAUAUUCAGAACGGGUUGGUUUGAGGAGAAAAGGCUCUGGCUCAAACCUCUCCCCUUUAUCUUCCAGGCAGAUUUAUGACCCAAAAAGGGUGGGGGAACAAGCAAGCCCCCUGGAAGAAAGGAUGGAACUGUUGGGACAGGGAUGUGAGUUUUGUUUCUUUUUUCUAGUGUGUCAGAUGCAGAUGGUUGGUGAGCAGAAAGGGAGUCAGGAAGGUGUUAGAAGAAUAGGGAGGACCAACUGAGCCCAGAAAUCAGGAGAUUUAGCAGUAAAAUUCCACCCAGGAAAGGGGUGAGCUAAUUUUCCUGGUCUGCUUCCCCACCCUUGCUUGCAAACCUCAGACGUUUUCAAGCUUGAGGGAGAUAGAGCCCCUGAACCCUUGGAGCAAGAUUUAGAAAGAGCAUCACUGCUUAAAUCGUGAGGCUUGGCAUAAUGCAGUGCCUGGGAGCUUGGCUCACUUUAGGGCUGUGACCUUCUUUUGCCUCAGGCUCCAGAAGCAAUUUCUCCACUUUUAGAACUAGGCAGGACAAAGGCCAGGACUGUGGUACUGAAGACAUCUGGCUCUGGAGGAUCCUGUCACUACUGAUGUUGGUCCCAUGUUCUAUCCGGAGUACCAAGGGAGCAUUAGGUCCUAGGUCUUGCCAAAAUGGCUAGCAGGGUUGCUGACCAUUAAAACUCCCUUCAGCUUUGAUUCAUCUCUUCUAACCAGCACCUAAGGAGCAAAACAGUCCUAAGACAGGGAGUCCAAGUCUUGCUCCAUGAACAAGUGAGCAGAAGGGGCAACUUAAUUUUCUCCUCCUUAGAAACGAAUGGGGGCUCCUAAUGGUUCCUCUGUGCUUCCCUACCUAUAAUUCCAAAUUUAAAACAAUAGCAGUCAGUGAGCACAAGUGACCAGGCUGGGAGAUACUGAAUUACCAGUCAUGAGGAAAACACAAGUUUGAUCAUGGAGAAUGUAAGGGCUAUAAAAAAUUUUAACAUAAUUUACAGCAUUACUUUUGAGCAGGAGCAAUGGGGUUAAAUGUAAUAGCUUCAUAGUUCUAAACUAGAAAUAGGAAGAUUAAAAACAGAAGUGAUCAUCUGUUGCUGUCAUUAGGCAUCUUACUCUGUCAACUCUGUUCAAGUAUCUUUCUUUGCUGGAGACCAGGUAGGAAUUUAGGAUAACCUCUCAUCAGUCUAAUAUUGAAAUGCAUUUUUUAAAAUCUGUUUUUUAAAAGAUAAAAACAAUUUAACUGAUCUCUAGAGAGCAAACACAGGAACGUGCCCCAGGAAUUUCACCUUAACCCAGGGCUUGUCAUCAGCAUUCACACCCUGUUCCCUCCCACACCCAUGGCUGUUCAGUCCAGGUGAGAGGAUUGUUGGCCUGUUCAACAGCAUCUACUGUAAGCAUAUUGAGCAUCUGGGACACUGGGAGGAGGGAACCUCAAACUAGAAGGACAAAGCAGAGCUCUGGGAGAGUUUGCAUUUAGUUUUGGGAGAUAAAGGUCUUAAGGCAUGUUGGGAAGGGACUUGUAAGAGGGACCACUUAUGGAAAAGGGUAUCAUGAUUACUUACGAGGCUUGUCAAAACAGAAAAAUUAAAAAAAAAAAAGAUGGGGGAGAACAGGUUGCAGAAGAGUUCAGAUCUUUUUCAUUUGGGCAGAACCUGGUUUAAAUUAGAAGCAGAAUUGAAGAGUUCUGUUUUCACUGGCUUCCUCACUGCAGAGUAGGUGCUGAUCCUUCUCCAUCCCUCUGUUCCCUGCCACCUAAGGUUGGGGUGUUGUGUCACCAUCUUGAUAAGCUAUCUAUCUGGCUUUGGGCCUAGGCUGAGCAAACCCAGCGAAGCUUAUUGAGCCAAGUCCAGAUCUUCAGAGCACCUCAAACAUGUGGCCUUUUCUCCUUAGCCUGGACCAGUGUGUUCUCACAUGGCCAAUAAGAGACACACAGGUGACAAAAGGCUCAUACUACUACAUGAGUGAUCUCAAAUCUAAUGAUAGCUGAGAAAAUAGGCUUAGAUAGGACAAGUCACCUCCGGUCACAGAUUGUGGCAGAACUAACAUUUAAACUCACUUUUGAAAAACUCCCGACUUCUGUGUUUGUCUUUGUUACUUUCAUCUCCUACCACUUUGUCAGAGGCAUUUUCUUUAACUAAGCCCAAUGUCAGUACCCUUUUUGUACACGCCAAUCUUGUUACCACAUCCUGAUGGAGUAAAGCUGAAAAAUAAAGUUAAUUUUGACCAAA